GUCGUGACCCUCCCCAAUUUUAUCCGGGCUUGGGACUGGCACUGAGAACACACUGUUACACGCAACCCCAGUGGCUGGGAAUCGAACCCAGGCCGCAGCAGUUAGAGCGCUGUGGCUCUCCACUAACUACUACUCCUCCAGGGACCCAUGACAUAUAUGAAGUCAUAUAUUUAUACAAGUUUUUCUUCCAUUUUUGUGAAUAUGGAAACUAAUCCCAGGUAGGAAAUAAAGGUGUGAGAGGGGAACUGAAGAAACAUCGGACCACAUGCGCCAAAGAAUUGGUCCGAGGUAUCAAGUGAGCCAACUGUUUGUAUUUGUCGCUUUAAUGUCAUACCUAAUUUGCAUAGAUUUGAAGAAUUUAAAUGUCACUUGUCGCUGAAAUUGUGGCUCUAUGUCAGACACAUAGUAAAAAAAAAUCAUGUUGACGUGCCAUUUUGUUGCUUUAUAGUGUGAAUGAAAGAUUAAGCUAUUUAAGAUCACAGGAGGGCAUGUGGGCGUUUCCAAAUUUGCAUAUUCAUGUAUAUUCAUAGUUCCUGGACAUUUUUAAUGAGGGUAAAGGUGCCCAGGUCUAUUUAUUGUACUUCUCUGGCAUUUGGAACAUAGCCCAAUAAACUGUUUAUUAGUCUACAUCGAUUAUUUUUAUUGGUUCAGAAUGACAUGUUUAGAGUUACUUUAAAAAAGUUAAUAAAAAAGUGAAGAUAAAUCUCAGCUGUGAAGUCGGAGCUCAGCCUAUAAACCCCAGCAGCCAGUGUGGAGACGAGGCUUUGCUCUGGUCCCCACGUGGCGCGUCAUUAAUCCCCGUCACGCACGUGGAGCCAGCAGAUGCGGAAGUGUGUCAAUCAGCUGCAGCCUCGCGCGCAGACGUGACUCCGUAACCACGGUACGGCAGGUGCGUCUCGCGCGCAGUUUCAUAUAAGAAGCAAAAACGUUUAAAUCUUUCUAAAACAGAUUUUAAAAACAAAAACAGCUUGACAUCAAAGAAGGCGACAUUUAAUAUCACAUGCUUGUCGUAUGCAUGAAUGAGAAAUGCCAUCUCAGGGCGAAUUACCGGAUAACUCCGCGCGCGCGCCCCCGGUUCCACCGAGAGCGUCACUGGACCGCACGCGCCUCCGCUCCGUUUCCACACCGGAAACUGCAGUGAAGUGUGUACUUGUAGGGGACGGAGGUGUAGGGAAGACCAGCCUGAUAGUGAGCUACACCACGAACGGAUACCCGGCUGAGCACGUGCCCACCGCCUUCGACAACUUUACAGUGAGGGUGGAUGUGGAUGGAAGACCGGUGCAGCUUCAGCUCUGUGACAUGGCCGGACAGGACGAUCUCGAGUGUCUGCGCCCGUUCUGUUACCAUGACGCUGAUGUUUUCCUGCUCUGCUACAGUAUCGUCACCCCCUCCUCUUUCCAGAGUGUGAGGGAGCGCUGGGCUCCUGAAGUGCGCCGCUUGUGCCCGGUGGCCCCCAUGGUCCUGGUGGGGACGCAGUCUGACCUGCGAGAGGACGUUGAGGUCCUCAUCCGGCUGGCGCGGCAGCGAGAACGGCCGGUGAGUGUAGAUGAAGCGAGGCUGGUCACCCGCAGCCUGGGGGUCACUUCGUUCGCCGAGUGCUCAGCUUUAACGCAGAAGAAUCUGAAGGCGGUCUUUGACACGGCCAUCAUGGUCAGUUUAGAGCACAAAGAGGAGCUGAAAGGGCUGGGGCUGAGGCAGAGGCGGAGGCUGAGGGAGAAAACACCCGAUAAGAUCAGACAACUCUCAGACACCUGGUGGAGGAAGCUCAGCUGUUUCAUGUGAGGACUUUGUCAAAGGUUUUAUCCAUCUCUUCAGCCUCACUCUAUCCUGUUCACUACAGGAUGACCAUAGAGCAGAUAUUAUUUGGGUGGUAGUGCAUUCUCAGUACAGCAACGACACUGACAUAGCAAGUGUGUGUAAUGCAGGUACAAGUGUAGCAGGUUGUUGUUGAGGCUUUAGAACACUGUUAAACAUUUUUUACUGCACCUUAAUACACACACUUACCUUGUUGCCCAUCUUGUCAGUAUUCAAUUAGAAACCAAAGUUCAUCUUUUUCCAUGCAGAGUGUGUGUGAAUCAUCCUCAAACCUUCACAGGUGUCAGUUUCUGACCACAGCAUGGCUGUCAGCUGGAGACUGACACCAGAAGUGACACUGAGGUGUUUAAAAAUAGCAGGAAAGUGUAGACUCAGCAGAACUCUCCAAUUUGUGGUGGACAUGGUGAACUUGCAGGAGGACACAAACCAUCAAAUAUUACUUCAGCUAAAAGUGGCUAAAAUAAAUAAAUAUAUAUAUCAGGAGUCCAAAGUCAAGGUGUGGCAGCAGGCAAUAUGAACAAAAUAAGAACACUGUGAUUUCCUGUGUUUAUAAUCUAUGAUACUUCAUACAGGUGUGUAAAGUGGUUCCUGCGUAAAUCUGCUGAAGAUACAUAUUUUCCUCAGUCCUGUGAUUUAAUAUAACAGGAUUAUUUACAUAAAUGAUUGACUGUGUAUCACUGAAGAAGGCCUAAAGCUGAAACAUUUGUGGCAGCAGGUAAUAUAGUAAAAAAGAAUCCAUGUUGUUUGAUAUGAAAUAUUAUGACCAACUGCUUUCAUGCUUUUUUGCUACAUUAUUUUAAUUAUUUAUUUUAUUUAUGAGAAAAAUGAACUGCUUUUACAAUGAGACGGUCCUGGAUACGGUGCUUGUAAACGUUGUUGAUGCACUUAAGCAGAUUUUACUCUCUGUUUGAAUGAAGACGUGUUAUUUACAUGAUGUCUUUUUUGAUCCCUAUUUUAUUAUGUAAUAAAAUACAAACCAAACCACUGGCUCCAGAAUC